AUUUCUACUGUCUGCCUGCUUCAAACUCUCUCUGCGAAUCAGCAAAGCCCUAAACCCAAACGGCCAUAUUAAUGAUAUAAAAAUGCAAGACAUCAUCGGAUCAGUUCGUCGAUCCCUCGUUUUCCGGUCUACAUCAGGAGAUGAUGGCGGAGGAUUCAGCGGCUUCGUUGAGAAGAUUGGUUCCAGCAUUCGAAAAUCGCGCAUCGGCUUCUUCCCCAGGCCGCCGGUACCGGCUUUUCCGUCACUUAAAAAGGAUGAAGCACCAGCGAUCCGGUGGAGGAAGGGCGAGUUAAUCGGUUGUGGCGCGUUUGGCAGAGUCUACAUGGGCAUGAACCUCGAUUCUGGAGAGCUUCUCGCUGUUAAACAGGUCUUGAUUGCGGCAAGUAGUGCUUCCAAGGAGAAAACUCAGGCUCACAUAAGAGAGCUCGAGGAAGAAGUUAAGCUCCUGAAGAAUCUGUCGCACCCAAACAUAGUGAGAUAUUUGGGGACUGCAAGAGAGGAUGAUUCUUUGAACAUCUUGUUGGAAUUUGUUCCUGGCGGUUCUAUCUCAUCAUUAUUGGGAAAAUUCGGAUCUUUUCCUGAGUCUGUUGUAAGAAUGUACACUAAGCAGCUACUGUUGGGACUUGAAUACCUACACAAGAAUGGCAUUAUGCAUAGGGAUAUCAAGGGAGCAAACAUUCUGGUUGAUAACAAAGGAUGCAUUAAACUUGCAGAUUUUGGUGCAUCAAAAAAAGUUGUGGAGCUGGCUACUAUUAACGGUGCGAAGUCAAUGAAGGGUACUCCAUAUUGGAUGGCUCCUGAAGUUAUUCUCCAGACUGGACAUAGCUUCUCUGCUGAUAUAUGGAGUGUUGCAUGUACUAUGAUUGAAAUGGCUACAGGAAAGCCUCCGUGGAGCCAGCAGUAUCAGGAGGUUGCUGCUCUUUUCCAUAUUGGGACAACUAAAUCUCACCCACCUAUCCCUGAACAUCUAUCCGUGGAGGCAAAAGACUUUUUAUUAAAAUGUUUACAGAAAGAACCUGACUUAAGGCCAUCUGCAUCAGACUUACUGCAGCAUCCAUUUGUCACUGGAGAGCACCUGGAAGCUCAUCCUGUGUUCUGUAAUUCUACUAUGGAACUUGGGAAUUUGAUUGCAACACCUGGGGUGAAUCCUAGGAAUUCAAUGAGUCCUGUGAUCAGAAGAUCAUCCUGCAUAGUGGGCAGUGUCAGGUGCUCCACCAUAUGUCCUGAGAAUUUAUCUCAAACUGGUACCUACUGGGGAGCAGAACAUUACGACGAUGACAUGUGUCAGAUAGAUGAUAAAGAUGAUUUUUGCAGUGCAGCGGUAAAGUUUCCCUCAGUCUUGGCAUCUUCUGAUUUGAAUAAGAGCUUCAACCCUGUGUGUGAACCCAUGGAUGAUUGGCCUUGCAAGUUUGAUGAGAGUCCAGAGGUGAAAAGUAAUGGAUUGAACUUAUCUUCUCAAUCAUUACAAAGUAAUGCUGAAAGCCCUGGAGUAACUUGUAAGGAAGAAAGUGAUUUCACAUUUCCCAGUGGUGUCUCAGCAGCUGAGGGUGAUGAUGAAGUAACAGAGUCCAAAAUAAGAGCCUUUUUGGAUGAAAAGGCUCUAGAUCUAAAGAAACUACAAACACCUCUGUUUGAGGAGUUCUAUAACACAGUGAACGCUGCUGGUCCUCCUAGCGCAAUUGGAAUUGCCAACAGUGAGAAUUUAUCAAAUUUAUGUCCUAAAAGCAGAUUGCCGAAUCGAGUACCUAGCAGAAGGCUUUCUGCAGCUAUUGAUGCUGUUGACUCUGCUGGUCAUCUGAGUCAUUACAUGCGUGCAUCAAAUAUAAAUGGAUUGCACGAUAGAGCUCUACAGGAAAUUCAGCCACCUCAGCAUGGAGAGUGGAAAGAGCUUCUUCUUGGUGAGCAGCAGGCAAUAAUUCAUCCCAGCAUGAACUUCUCUGAGAGGCAGAGGAAAUGGAAAGAAGAGCUUGAUGAAGAGCUUGAAAGGAAAAGAGAGAUGUUGCGCCAAGCUGGUGUUGGAGGGAGGCCCUCAUCUCCAAAGAAUCAGAUUCUGACUCGACACAGAGAGCGGUUAACGUUUGCAUUCCCCGGGAAAUAAACUGUAUGUUCCUCUCUUCUGUAUCAGUGCCUAAUCGGAAAAAAUAUAUUAUGCUUUUCCAUUGGGAGUGUUAUGUAUGUAGUCAUAAUUUAUAUGGUGCAUAAUAAUUCAUAGUGCGCAUUCUUCCCUCUGCUCAAAUGGCAGGGAGUGCAACCUCUCCACCCUUCUGUAUUAUGUCUUCGUGGUCCUAUUAGGACAUUUUAUAUAAUGGUAUCUAUUUAUGUUUUUUC